AUGAAAUAAUAAAAUUCACUCCCUAUAAUUGAAACAAAGUUCAUUGGAGAUACACUUAGGUAAUCAUUUACUUUAUAAUAAUAGAUUUCUGAAAACAACGGCCUAAAGAAAUAAUUACUUAAAGUCACUAGUCAAAUAAAAAGAAAAACAAAAAUUAAAGGAUGAGAGAUUAUUAUUACAAUCUAAAUAAAAAAUUCUCCAACAUACUAAAAAGAAAUUUCUCUCACUUCUCAAAAGCAGAAAUAGUGAAUUAUCAUUCUUGAAGUUUCGACCUAUUCAAAAGCCUAUUAAUCUAUUAAGAAUGUGUGCAGAAUUAAAAAUUUCAGACAGAAUUUCUAAAUCUGUUGAAUUUGAUGAAGUAAUCGAAUCUAAACCUUCUAGUAAAUCAAAUAGAACUAAACGUAGUUCAUCUUAAAUAUUUGAUCAUUCAGUACAUGUGAACUAAUUUUAAGAUGAAAGUACUUCAAAAUAAAGAGGAGCAUUAUAAUUCCUCUCUUCACAACAAUAAAUUAAAAUUAAUGUUCCUACAUAAUUAAAAGUAGAAAGAAAAUCAAAUCCUACAUCUGUUCACACUCAUUCACUUAGAUAAUAAAUUAAUUUAAGAAGAUUGCCUUUAAAUUAAUUAGAGUCAAAACUUGAACACCUUAAAUCUCAUUCUUAAGAUUCAAAUCUUAAAACAGGAAUUCUAUGUAGAGUUCCAAGUUAAAUGUUAAAAAAUAUAAUUUAUAUUUUAGAUUAACACGAAAUGGAAUACUCUUGCCUACAUAAAAAGAUUAAUUAAAAAUAAUAAAAAGAAAAGAAUGUUUGGAUGAUGAUAAUUCAUCAUUAGCUUCUCAUACAGAAUUAAAAUUAGACUCUAUCUACAAUAAUUCGAAGCAUCUCAAACAAGAUCAUAAAAAUUAUGAACAUAAAAAAGAAGAAUAUUAAUAAGAAUCUAUAAAAUUAUUUUACAAGAAAAUAUAUUGUAAAAUAUGA